GCAGUUAUUUCCUGUUCAGAAUGAUGUAAAUUACCAUUCCAAAAGGACCUAGAAAAAGUGGAGCUUUGACAGGGACACACACAAUUUGCAACAUCUCCAGACCAAUAAAAAGCAAGGCGAUGAAGAUCUGGUUACUCUCUACUCUCUUUCUGGUGUGUUGUUGCCAUGUCGCCUCCUCUUGCCCGGACCUAUGCCAAUGCUACGUAUCCCCAAGAAAAACCGAAGUGGUCUGUAACAGUGUCCCCCUCACCCAGUUCCCCUCUGAGGGCAUGCCUAGUAACACCACCUCCCUCACCAUCCAGUACACAAACGUCAGCUCCAUUUCGGCACUGCACCUGAGUGCCACGCCUCUUCUGCAAGAGCUCUACUUGUACGCCAACAACUUGUCCUCCCUUCCCGCGGAUCUCUUCCGGGGCGUCCCGCUCCUCUCCACCGUGGCUCUCUCGGACAACAAGCUGGACCGGCUUCCCGCUAGCGUCUUCGGCCACGCUCCGCUGCAGAACCUGGUGCUGAAAAACAACCUGAUGGUCAGCGCCGAUGCUGAAUGGCUCCCGGACAACAGUAACCUCACCUGGCUGGACCUAUCAGGGAAUCGCUUGACGGCCGUGCCCGCCGCCUUGUUCAAGAAACUACGCCGCCUGGAGAACCUUGACCUUUCCCAUAACCGCCUGGAGAAGAUCCAGACAAAUUCACUUGGCCCUCUGAUCAGACUGGAGAGGCUUAACCUGGAGGGGAACAAACUCGCCACCCUGGAGCCAUCCACCUUCAGCAGCAAUCUCAACCUGACGCAUCUGUUUCUUCUGGAGAACCGGCUUGAGGAGCUGCCCUCAACCCUCUUCCAUGGCCUCCCCAACCUACAGCAUCUGAGCCUGGACAAUAACCGGCUGAGACACAUCCCGCCUGGUCUGCUGGACCAGCUUCACUCUAUUGCAGAGGAGGGUCUGGACAUCACUGGGAACCCCUGGGUGUGCGAUAGGAAGGUGGAGUACCUGUGGAGGUGGCUGAAGAAGAACCAUAAGAAGAUGUUCAUGGCCAAUGACCUCAGGUGUGCCAGCCCUGAUGCUCUGAAGGAACGGUUGGUGAUGUCACUAACUGAAAGCGAUCUAGGACUCUGAACUGUCAACUUAUCUAAACAGAUUAACUGAAAGGACAGUUGGUUUAAGUUUGAAAAAUUUGUUAUUUUGUCACAUAUUGGAGGCUUGAAAGUUUUAUUACAAUGCUAUUUGCAUGAGUGAAAACAUUCUUCCCAGAAUACUGACGUUAACAGAAAUUUAGCUAUGAUAAAUUUAAGUUCACUGAAUGUUGUAACAUUCAUCAGAAUGUUAUGCAAAUUCAAAUUAAAUUUACCUGAAAAUAAUUAAAAAUAUGCUUGUGGUGUCCUUUA